AUGUCGGACAAUGUGAGCGCUGGUCCAUCAGGAACCGCCACCCUCGCUCCAACUCCUGGACCCAUUGUCUCUACUUGGCGGGCUCGCUUGGAUAGCUGGUGGAACGGUACUUCGACUUCAAUUGCUUCAUACUCCCAGCUUCCUCAGGCCUACGACGAAAAUCAAUUGGAUCAGCUCGAUCUCGGAAUGGAGCCGUUACGUCUCUCCAAGGCUCGGUGGCGCACAUAUUGGCUAGCUGUCGUGUUAUGCUGCGGCGGUGCACUAUUUGGAUAUGACUCUGGUGUUAUCGGUGGUGUGCUCACCUUCAAAUCAUUCCAAUCGUCAUUUGAAUUCAGCAGCGCAAAUGAAACUAGCGUAAGCUCCAUCGCCGUCGGCAUCCAACAAGCCGGCGCCCUCGCCGGCUGUUUCAUCAUCUGGCCUGUUACCAACCACUGGGGUCGCAAGAUCGCCAUGAUGUCCUGCUCUGUGGUCUUCUGUAUCGGCGUUAUCCUAGAGAUCAUAGAUGCCCAUUCGCUACCACUCUUCUACGUCGGUCGAGUAGUCUGUGGACUCGGCGUCGGCGGCUCAGCAACCGUCAUCCCAAUCUACAUGUCCGAGAUGAGCCCGAAAGAAAUCCGCGGCCAACUGGGUAGCUGUUACCAGCUCACCUACACUAUUGGAAUCCUAGUCUCUUACUGGAUAGACUACGGCGUCAAAUCCAUGCCUUCCACCGCUACCCAAUGGCAGCUCCCUGUUGGACUCCAACUCGUCCCUGGUGCAUUAAUGGGUCUGGGAAUGUUCACGCUCGACGAAAGUGUCCGCUGGCUCCUAGCACACGGCAAAACAGAUGAAGCAUGGCGCAGUCUAGUCUGGAUCCGAGCCGGUGAUGGUCCCGCCGUAAGCGAUGAAUUUGCCGAGAUGCGCCGGGGCCUCGAAGAAGAGCGCCACGCUACAGCGGGCUUCAGACCCCGUGAACUCCUUGAAUGGCCGAACAUGCACCGUCUGCUUCUCGGUGCCGGUCUCUUCUUAGCGCAGCAAUCAACGGGCUCGACGGCACUGGCUUAUUUCGGUCCGCAAUUCUUUUCCCUGCUCGUCGGGCCAGGGGACCAGAACCUACUGCUGACGGGUAUCUUUGGCGCUAUCAAGGUGGCAGCUUGUCUGAUCUUUGUGCUUUUCAUGUCCGAUCGAUUCGGACGGCGCCCGGUGCUGGCUGCAGGGGCUUCAUUCAUGGCCAUUUGUAUGCUUGCCACGGCGGGUGUUGUUAAAACCUAUCCGCCACAAGAUGGAGUCGUUAGUUCGGCCGGCAUUGUGACCAUCGCGCUGAUCUAUCUCAAUAUCAUCGCGUAUAACUUUAGCUGGGGCCCACUGCCGUGGCCAUGCACUAGUGAGAUCUUCCCGACACGAACCCGGGAGCCUGGUGUUGCCCUUGGUGUUGGAUCGCAGUGGUUGUUCAACUUUGUUUGGAGCUUCUCGACGCCUUAUAUCAUGGCUAGUAUUGGGUGGGGGACGUUCCUAUUGUUCGGAGUGCUUGAUAUUCUCAUUGUGGCGUUUACUUUCCUCUGUCUCAAGGAGACUGCCGGAAAGACGCUCGAGGAGAUCAACGAUCUGUUCGAUGGCAUUGAUCCGGAUAGUGAACAUAGCCGGAAGAGUUCUGACCUGAAUGUGGCCACGGGCUCGAAUGAGCAAGAUGAUCUGGACCGCAUGGAGACGGCAGACACUGUAGAUACCGCGAACAAGUAUACCGCUCACCUCGAGUCGACCGCUGGACGGACCUGA